UAGGACUAGAAUACAAUCCUUCAAAUAUCUCUCGUUUCCACUGCCAUGGAUUCUAUUUCCCACCAAAACCGCACUCUCUCUCCUCUGUCAUCCCUGCCUCUGAAACCCACAUUUCUCUCUGUAAAAUCUAGCAGCUCCGUGCCCACAUGAUGACCCCUUAGCCCAUGACCACAACCCAAAUUCUUACAAAUCCCAUGCUGCCUGCCUCUCUCUUUGGCAGGCCAAAAACAUGGGCAACAACACUCUCAAUCUCUCUCCAAUCAUCCAUCAAAGUCUUCACUGACAAGGGCCAAUUUGACAAGGCCUUCAAUGCUUUCUCUCUCCUCCACCACCAUGGCUUCCCACCAAACCCCCACUCUCUCUCCUCUCUCAUCCAUGCCUGUGGAACCCUCAAAUCUCUCUCUAGUGGCAAGCAACUCCAUGCCCAAAUCAUAACCUUGGGCCAUGACCACAACAAUCCUCUUAUAAUCACCAGACUUGUGACCAUGUAUUGCAAAUGUGGCAGCCUCCAUGAUGCACACCUCAUAGCCCAAAAUCCUCUCUCUAGCGAUGUCAUCCCAUGGAAUGUGUUGAUUGCAUCCUAUGUAAGAGAUGGGUUUUUCAGAGAAGCCAUUGAUGCUUAUAAACAACUGGAGAAAAUUGGAGUCGAUCCGGAUAAUUUCACCUUCCCAUCGGUUUUGAAAGCUUGUGGGGAAGAAAGUGAUUUGAGAAUGGGAAGAGAGAUACACAAAUGUGUAGAGAGAAGUUGUCUCAAUUGGAGUGUCUUUGUGCAUAAUUCUUUAGUUGCAAUGUAUGCUAAAUGUGGAGAGAUCAAAACAGCUCGUAAGGUAUUUGACGAAAUGAUGGAGAGAGAUGUGAUUUCAUGGAAUGCCAUUAUUGGGGGCUAUGCACAAUUGGGGCAAUGGAAUGAAGCUUUUCAAAUGUUCGACAGUAUGCACACUAAUGGCCUCGAGGCCAACACUGUGACUUGGAACACUGUACUGGGUGGAAAUGUGCAAACCCGGAAUCAUAUUGGGGCACUCAGACUGAUAUCUCAUAUGAGAUGCAAGCUGGUAGAACUUGAUUAUGUCACAUUAACAAUCGGCCUUAGUGCGUGUUCUCAUAUGGGGUGUGUAAAACUUGGCAAAGAAAUACACGCAUCCACAAUUCGAUUCCUUUUUUAUGAUAUAGAGACAAUUACAAAUGCAUUGAUCACUAUGUACUCAAGGUGUGGUGCCUUAGACGAUGCUUAUAUUUUGUUUAUGAGGAUCAAAUCUAGGAGUUUGAUUACUUGGAAUGCUAUGAUAGCUGGUUAUGCACAUUCGGCCCUUUGUGAGGAAACAUCAUUCCUUUUCAGAGAGAUGGUUUUCUCUGACUACAAACCCAAUUUUGUAACAAUAGCCAGUGUUCUCCCUUUAUGUGCCCGUGUAGCUAACUUGCAACAUGGAAAGGAGCUCCACUCAUACAUUAUAAAAAAUAAAUUUGAGCCUCAUCUUCUAAUUUGGAACUCCCUUGUCGACAUGUAUGCAAAGUCAGGUAGAAUAUCAGAAUCUCAUAAGCUGUUUGAUAGGAUGCAAGAGCGAGACGAGGUCACCUACACUGUAUUGAUUGCUGGUUACGGAAUGCAAGGAAAGGGCAAUGAAGCUUUGAAACUAUUCAAUGAGAUGCUAAAGCACAAGAUAAAACCUGACCAUAUAACCAUGGUUUCUGUCCUUUCAGCCUGUAGCCACUCUGGCUUAGUAGCUCAAGGCCGCUGGCACUUUGAGAGAAUGAUCACUGAUCAUGGAAUCAUGCCAAGGAUGGAGCAUUAUGCAUGCAUGGUUGACCUCUUUGGGAGAGCUGGCUUGCUGAAAGAAGCCGAAGAGAUUAUGAAAGGCAUGCCAUUUGAACCAACAAGUGCUAUGUGGACUACUUUGAUAGGAGCUUGCAGGAUCCAUGGAAACACAGAGGUGGGGGGUUGGGCAGCUGAGAAGCUAUUGGAUAUGAGGCCCGAAAAUCCUGGUUAUUAUGUGUUGAUAGCGAAUAUGUAUGCGGCUGCCGGGUUUUGGGAUAAGUUGGCUAGCGUGAGAAUUAUGAUGAGAGAUAGGGGUCUUAGGAAGGCUCCAGGGUGCACUUGGAUAGAGGUGAACAACAUUUUCCAUCCCUUUCUCGUCGGAGAUACUUCUAACCCACAAGCAAGAGAGAUUUAUGCAACGUUGGCGAGUCUGGCUGAGCAAAUGAGAGAGGCAGGCUAUGUUGCUAACAUGGAUUUUGCAUUUGAUGAUGGUGAUGAGUGAUAUAGGUUGUAGAGAUUUGUAGAGUGAUUUCAUUGGCUGCAAAGCUCGAGGUACCAGGGUUACCCCAUAAAUUUUAUCGAUUAAAAGUAAACACAUUUUAGGUAUUCAUGGGAGAGAAGAUGGUUUAUGCCGUGAACGGUUGGUGGAGAAAGGAUUUAUUGAAUGUUGUGGAGAGUGGGAAAUGUAUAUGAAAGCAAUUAUAUUGAGGCAUGACCCAUAACAUAUGAGAUGCCUUUAUUGGCCUGAACGACUGGGAUUUAGGCUUGAAGCCCAGCUUACCAACCAAAGAGCAAAAAAAAGAAAGAAAAUACUUGUAUUCUUUAUGAAGCAGACAGAAUAGAAACAAUUUUGGUUAACACUUAAACAGAUAUAAAUUCAUUUGGUUCAUUGGAGUAUGGACAAUUCUAUAAUUCCAAAUUUUCAGAA